AAAUAUUCAUUCUUGGAUUUAAUGUCGUUCCUAAAAAUGAAGUCAUGUCAUUUGUCUCAUGAAAACUUUCUGAAGACAACACAUGACAAUUCUUAUAAAAAAAAAGAGUUAUUUGCACGUGUUUCAUUGCGGUAACCAAAUCCACUGAAGUUUUUGUGUUUAAAAAAAAAAAAAAGAUAGUGUGUAUGGAUUACUUUGACGUCUUGGGCUUUUGCUACCUGAACUCGUGCGUGUUGUUUGUCCUUGGUCGCUCACUGGACAUUGAUCAUUAGCUCGCCACCCCCCCCACUGAUCUCCGGUGGCUUGACACUCUUGGACUCUUGAUCAUGGAGCCCGGAAAGGAACUGACGGCCACCUUGGCACUGGCGGUUUUCACUGCAGUGUUGGGCUCCCUGCAAUACGGCUACAGCCUGGGAGUCAUCAACGCCCCGCAACGGGUGAUCGAGGGGCACUAUGGGCGCUCGUUGGGCGUUUGGCCCCAGGAAGCCGACCCCAUGUCGCGAAACGCCAGCCGCACGGCAGACACUGCGCAGGAACAGGUUCAUCCAACUGUGAUCAUGUACUGGUCCCUGUCGGUAGCCAUCUUCUCGGUCGGUGGCGUGCUCUCCUCCUUCCUGGUGGGAUUCGUGGGAGACUUCAGAGGCAGGGUGAAAGGAAUGUUGGCGAUCAAUGUGCUGGCCGUGGGUGCCGGACUCCUGAUGGGACUGUGCAAGAUGUGGAAGCCUCACCUCAUGGUCAUCGCGGGCCGCGCCAUCAUGGGCUUCUACUGCGGCUUGACGUCCGGCCUGGUCCCCAUGUACGUCGGCGAGAUCGCGCCCAAAGCUUACCGAGGGGCCCUGGGGACCUUGCACCAGCUGGCGAUUGUCAUCGGCAUCCUCACCAGCCAGGUGAUCGGCUUGGACUUCAUCCUGGGGAACGACGCCAUGUGGCCCCUGCUCCUGGCGCUGUCGGGGGCCCCCGCCGUCCUGCAGUCCCUCCUGCUGCCGCUGUGCCCCGAAAGCCCGCGCUACCUCUACAUCCUUCUGGGAAAGGAACGCGAGGCUGAGGAAAGCCUGUACCGACUGAAGGGGGCGUACGACGCGUCCGCCGAUCUGGACGAGAUGAGGCGGGAGAAGGAGGAGGCAGACAAGGUGGCUCGGGUCUCCAUCGCGUCUCUGAUCUGCUCGUCGGCGUACAGGCGGCCGCUGUUCGUGGCCCUCGGGAUGCAUUUGUCGCAGCAGCUGUCGGGCAUCAAUGCGAUCUUUUACUACUCCACGGCAAUCUUCUCCCAGGCCGGCGUCAGUCAGCCCGUCUAUGCCACCAUCGGCGUCGGCGCCAUCAACACCAUCUUCACUCUGGUGUCUGUGGCGCUGGUGGACCGGGCCGGCCGGCGCACACUGACGUUAGCCGGCCUGAGCGGCAUGUGCUGCUGCGCCGUCGCCAUGACGGUCGGCCUCAAGUUGCAGAGCUCGUACGCCUGGAUGAGCUACGUUAGCAUGUCGGCCAUCUUCCUUUUUGUGGCCUUCUUUGAGAUCGGGCCCGGUCCCAUCCCGUGGUUCAUCGUGGCUGAGUUGUUCAGCCAGGGCCCCCGACCGGCGGCCAUCGCCCUCGCCGGCUGCUGCAACUGGACUAGCAACUUCGUCGUGGGCAUGACUUUUUCCUACAUACAGAACUGGCUGGGCGCGUACGUCUUCGUCUUGUUCGCCGGGCUGCUUUUUGGCUUCACCGCAUUCACGUACCUGCGAGUGCCAGAGACCAAGGGCAAGAGCUUCGAAGAGAUCGGCGAGCUUUUCCGAAAGGGCGCCAAAAAGGCGCCGGCCAACGGCAAGAGCGACGACGUGGAAUUGCAGCGGCUCAAAACUGCGACGCACGCUUGAGGGGGGGGGGGGCCGCCACCCCAGUCAGUCAUUCGGUGAGUCGCGCCUCGGCGCAAUCGAGUGAUGAUAAAGGUGAAGGUUUGUUUCCAUUGCUCGGUCACAUCCAACAAUACGGUAGUUUUGCAGCGGCUGCUGUCACAAAAGCGCUCCCUCCGGCGCCCCCUGGUGGUUAACAUUUGAUUCUUUGAGAGGAGAGCCUCUCAAAAAUCGACCUCGGGCUUGUCAGUAUUAUUGUCUUCGGUUUUAAACGGAAUCGGCAUGAAGCGCAAAUGUCAAAGGAAAAUUUGUCGACAUUUGUUAUUGUCUCAGCGUGACUUGUUCUAAUAAUGCGACUUUUGCUUUUAAUUCACUUUAUUCUUGUGUCAAUGCAACUCUUGUAUGUCAUAAAAAUCAGAGUUUUAUUCGGACGCUGAUUUGACUUUGCUGUUGUGUGACGGCUUUUUUUUCCUGGCAAUUGUUUUUUUUUUUUCCUCUCAUAGCAGUCUGGCUUUUAUUCAUGACACAUUCUCAUUCUGGUACUUGUACUAAAUGUUGUAAUGUUAUGAUUUUUCUUGUCACAUUAUUUUGUGUGUGU